CCGUGUGUCGUUCGUCGCUCAGCGUUUCCGCAGCACAGCACCGCAAAAGGCGGCAUGGCGGCGGACAACACGAUGUCUAAUGGACAAGAAACGGCUUCCCUGAACGGCGAGCCCGCGGUUAAACGAUCCCGGGAAAGUGGAUUGACGGAUUCUCUGCGGAAUCCCCGGGAGCCUCUGAAUAAAGUGACCGUGGUGCUCGGGGCUCAGUGGGGAGAUGAGGGGAAGGGGAAAGUGGUCGACCUGUUGGCUAUGGACGCCGACAUUGUCUGCAGAUGCCAGGGAGGGAACAACGCGGGACACACGGUGGUGGUGGACGGCGUGGAGUACGACUUCCACCUCUUACCCAGCGGCGUGCUCAACAAAAAGGCCCUCUCUUUUAUCGGAAAUGGAGUUGUGAUUCAUCUGCCUGGACUGUUUGAGGAAGCAGUGAAAAAUUCCCAGAAAGGCCCAGGACUACAGGGCUGGGAAGAGAGGCUGAAGAUUUCUGAUCGUGCACAUAUCGUGUUUAACUUCCAUCAGGCAGUUGAUGGGAUACAGGAGCAACAAAGGCAACAGCAGGCUGGGAAGAACUUGGGGACAACCAAAAAGGGCAUCGGUCCAGCAUAUUCCUCCAAGGCGGCACGUAAUGGACUGAGAGUGUGCGACUUGGUCUCUGACUUCUCAGUUUUUGAAGAAAAAUUCCGUGUCCUGGCUAGCCAUUUUCAGACUAUGUACCCCAACCUCAACAUCGAUGUUGAGAGUGAGCUGGAGCAGCUGAAGGGUUAUGCAGAGAAGUUGCGGCCUCUGGUCACAGAUGGUGUGUACUUCAUGCAUAAAGCUCUUACUGGACCAAGCAAGAAGAUUCUGGUUGAGGGGGCUAAUGCAGCUCUCUUGGAUAUUGACUUUGGGACUUAUCCUUUCGUGACUUCAUCCAAUUGCACCGUUGGAGGUGUGUGCACAGGUCUUGGGGUUCCCCCAUCCCACAUUGGCCGUGUGUAUGGUGUGGUUAAGGCUUACACCACCCGAGUUGGGGUUGGAGCGUUUCCCACUGAGCAGGACAACGACAUUGGUGAUCUUCUGCAAUCAAGAGGGAGGGAAUUUGGAGUUACUACCGGCAGACGGCGACGCUGUGGGUGGCUGGACUUGGUUUUAGUUCGUUAUGCCCAUAUGAUCAAUGGCUUCACGGCUAUUGCUCUGACCAAGUUGGACAUUCUUGAUACGUUGUCGGAGAUCAAAGUGGGCGUGGCCUACACUGUUGAUGACAAGCCCUUGGACAGCUUUCCUGCUAACAUGGAUGUCCUGACGAAAGUCGUGGUGACCUAUGAGACGUUACCCGGGUGGUGCUGCAGCACAGAGGAAGCGCGCAAAUUUGACGACCUGCCACCUCAGGCACAGGACUACAUUCGCUUUAUUGAGAAUUUCCUACAGGUGCCAGUAAAAUGGGUUGGAGUUGGAAAAUCCAGAGAGAGCAUGAUAAAGCUGUUGUAAGAUGCACAGGACAGUACCUGAAAUCCACCACAUGCAUAUGUCUUCCAGGGACGACAUCAACAUUUUUGGGACCAGAAAUAUAUGUAGUGGAUUAGUGCUGGACUAAAGACGAACGUGGGUUAAGAACCCUGACAAUGUCCCACUUAAAGUGAACACCAGCAUAAGUACAGUUCAGGACCAUAGGUGUAAUGAGGGAUUCUACAAUGUUGCAGACAAAAAUUUCAUUUAGAGAAUGACUCAGGGUUAAUGUGUAUGAAACGUCAGAUUAAGAGAUCUAUUCUUGCAUAUGAUGGUGGCUUUAAUUUCAAUUCCUGGACCACCAUUCUUACUGCGAUACUUAAUGGAUAUGGGUUCAGAGGUCAUACACUCCCACUUUAGAUCUGCACUAAAAUGAGCUUUGUGUAAAUGUAUUGCAAAUUGCACCAUUCAAACCUCUGGAUCUAGCCUUCCUCUGUACUGUUCUGUAAUUUCUGAUUACAGGUUCAAGCUUUUCUGUCGUCAUCUGAUGAGCUGUUGUCCAUUACAUACGAAACUCAGAUUACCAUUAUAAAGAUUAAGGCUUUAUUUUUGAUUUACUGCAAUUUAGAAAAAUUUACUAUUUUUUCCAUCUGUGUUGAAAAUAGGCUUUUAAGAUUUACUCUAGCCGAACAUUUUAUGUAAUCAUGUGUAUGGGGUUUAUUGUAUGACCCCGUGAUUUGAAACAUCGUUUUAAUUUGUACGUUAAAAUGGUCUUGGGUGGCUGGUGUUGGCUGUCUUUAAAAAAAAAAAAAAAAAACACCAAAAAAAUAUUGUUUACUUCAUAGCUGUAUAAUAAAAUAAUGGUUUUACACAAACUUUUUUUUAAUCACCUGUGUAAAUGUACACCCAGCACACCUUAAGUUUUAACAGACGCAGAUACUAGAAAUUCAGGAGAUGGUCAGAUCCACUCAAAUGCAUACAGUUGCCUUCCACUGGAGUGUGUAGAUGGUGUGUCAAGUUAUUGGCUGCUGCUGUGGAACAAUAAACUGUUCUAAUUAAACUGAA